AGUUUCAAAAUCAUCCCACAUGAAUAAUCUUCUUCUUCAUCAUCCCUUUUCUAUCUCUCCAUGUAUGUAAUAGACUAUACUUUUAUGGGAAAAUCUUUCAAUAAAAUUGCAUCAGUUUAUAACUUUCAACAAAAUCUCGCAGCGCCGCAGCUUUCCCAAGUUUCGAAAGGUAAAAAACCCAUCUCCGCCGCCGUCGUCGGUUCUGGUGGUUUGCCGGCGAAGUCAUUGAAAAGGAAGAUGGAGAACAGUGGCAACUCCGACAAGAACGAUCAUCGGUCUCCUCUGUCUGUUGUCGUCUCCGAUUGUGUUAACAGGUGGUUUCAAGAUACUCUGAAAGAGGCUAAAGCUGGAGACAUAUCGAUGCAGGUUUUGGUGGGUCAGAUGUAUAAUAACGGCUAUGGAGUUGCUAAAGAUGCUGAUAAGGCAAGAAAUUGGAUAUCAAGAGUUUCAAGAACUAGAUCUUCAGUUUGGAAAGUUAGUAAGAAACGCCCAGGUUAUAAUGCAAGUGAUUCUGACUCUGAUGAUCAUGAAGAUGAUUCCAGAUGAUUCCAGAUGAUACAGAUGGAUUAGGUUAUGAUUUUUGCUAUGUUAUUGAACAUGGUGUUAAGAUAAAAACAUUAUAAAGUUCCCUCCAUUCAUUAUAUGAAGCUUUGUUUUCUUA